GGAGUAAUUUUUUUUUUUGUUGACGAUGAGUACUAUAAUAUUGUCAUUAUAAAAAAAUACUAUAAUAUUGUCUCAUAAAUAUGUCUUUGUCCAAUUUGAAGACUAAUAAAUAAUUUUAUUAAAUGAACAUUAAGAUUGUAUCAAAUAAUAAAGCUAUCUAGUUCUUAAGAGAUGAAGAAGAAGAGGUCCUAAGCAGUUUAGGCCUUAAGAGAAGAAAAUCUGGUCAGAGAGAGGAACUUGACCUCCUCAAAAAACCAGAGGCCAUAGCAACUACACAUCGUUGCAUAGUCCUACCUUUGUUCUUUCUCUAUUAAAGCCAUAAAACAAUCUCCAAAAAAACUAAAAGGGUAUGUAGUAGAGAAACAAGAUUAUUGAAGUAAGGAGUAUUGAAUAUUCUUCAAGGGAUUGAUUCAUUGAUUGCACAAAAAACAUAAACAUGUCUUCUUUAGAUUCAACUUGGAUCACAUCCUUUUCAUGUUCAUCUUCUUCAGGUGAUGCAUUACCUCAAUGGUUGAGAUUCAUUUUCCUCUCACCAUGUCCUCAAAGAGCUAUUCUUUCAGCCGUUGAUGUUUUACUCUUGUUUACUCUAUUAGUCUUUGCAAUCAUAAAGCUCUAUCCAAGGUUUACUAGUUCCAAUGGAACUAAUUCAGAAGAAAUCAAUAAACCUUUAAUCAGUAACAUAAGAUCUUUAAGAACAAGAACAACUCUAUGGUACAAGCUAACUCUAAUUGCAACGAUUUUUGUAUCGAUGUUAUACACGAUCGCUUGCAUUUUAGUAUUUAGCAGUUCUAAUAUUGAAUUAUCAUGGAAACAACUUGAUGGACUAUUUUGGGUUGUUCAAGCAAUAACUCAAUUAGUCCUUGUGAUUUUAAUCAUCCAUGUUAAAAGAUUUGAAGCUGUUGUUUAUCCUUUAUCACUUCGAAUUUAUUGGAUUGCCAGUUUUGUUGUUGUUUCUUUGUUCACUGCUUCUGGUGUUAUACGUUUGGUGUCUUUGGUGGGAGAUAAUUACUUCUUUAGCUUUAUGGUAGAUGAUGUCGUGUCUUUCGUUUCGCUACCUUUUUCGCUUUUUUUGCUUUUUGUUGGUGUUAAAGGUACCACUGGUGUUAUUAAGGCAAGAGAACAAUCUGAAUUGGUUAAUGAUAAUGGUGAAGAAACAAAACUAAAUGGUCAUGAUGAUCAUGGUUUGUAUAAACCAACUGUUACUACUGGUUUUGCCACAGCUUCUCAAUUUUCUAAGACCUUUUGGAUUUGGUUAAACCCUUUGUUGAGUAAAGGGUAUGAGUCGCCGCUUAAUCUCAAUGACGUUCCCCAUGUUUCUCCACAACAUAGAGCUGAGAGGAUGUCUAUUAUCUUUGAAUCAAAAUGGCCUAAAUCGGAUGAGAGAUCGAAGCAUCCGGUUAGAACCACGUUGAUUCGGUGUUUCUGGAAAGAUAUAAUCUUCACUGCAGUUCUUGCUAUUAUUAGGCUAUCUGUUAUGUUUGUUGGACCUGUUUUAAUUCAAGACUUUGUUGAUUUCACUUCUGGAAAAGGUAGUUCUGUGUAUGAAGGUUACUAUUUGGUGCUGAUUCUUCUUGUAGCCAAGUUUAUUGAAGUUUUAACAACUCAUCAUUUCAACUUCAACUCACAGAAACUUGGUAUGCUUAUAAGAAGCACUCUCAUUACUUCUUUGUAUAAAAAGGGUUUGAGGCUGUCUGGUUCUGCAAGACAGGAUCACGGUGUUGGUUCUAUUGUGAAUUACAUGGCUGUUGAUACUCAACAAUUAUCCGAUAUGAUGCUUCAGUUACAUGCCAUCUGGAUGAUGCCGUUUCAAGUUGGUAUUGGUUUGUUUUUGCUUUACAAUUCUCUAGGUGUUUCCGCGCUUACAGCACUUGUUUGCCUUCUUCUUGUUAUUGUGUUUAUCAUAGUGACAACUCGACAGAACAAAGGCUACCAGUUUCAAGCUAUGAUAAGCCGUGAUUCGAGAAUGAAAGCUGUGAAUGAGAUGCUUAAUUACAUGCGCGUGAUCAAGUUUCAGGCAUGGGAAGAUCAUUUCAACAGUAGAAUCUUGAGUUUCCGUCAGGCGGAAUUUGGGUGGCUUUCAAAGUUUAUGUACUCGAUUUGUGGAAACAUUAUUGUGCUGUGGAGCUCUCCUAUGUUGAUAUCAACACUCACUUUUGGUACCGCACUUUUGCUUAGAGUUCCACUUGAUGCAGGAACUGUUUUCACUACAACAACUGUGUUUAAGAUCCUGCAGGAGCCUAUUAGGACUUUUCCUCAGUCCAUGAUAGCUCUUUCACAAGCAUUGGUAUCACUUGGGAGAUUAGAUAGGUACAUGUCUAGCAGGGAACUGAGGGAUGAUUCAGUUGAGAGAAGUGAAGGGUGUGAUGGAGUAACUGCUGUGGAUGUUCAAGACGGUACCUUUACUUGGGAUGAUGAUGGCCUAGAACAAGACUUGAAAAAAAUUAAUUUGAAGGUUAAUAAGGGAGAGCUCACAGCUAUUGUCGGUACUGUUGGGUCUGGAAAGUCUUCUCUUCUUGCAUCAAUUCUUGGUGAAAUGCACAAAACUUCUGGAAAGGUUCAAGUUUGUGGGACUGUUGCUUAUGUUGCACAAACGUCUUGGAUUCAAAACGGAACAAUUGAAGAAAACAUUCUGUUUGGUUUACCAAUGAACAGACAAAAAUACAAUGAAGUUAUCAGGGUUUGUUGCUUGGAGAAAGAUUUAGAGAUGAUGGAAUUUGGGGAUCAGACAGAGAUCGGAGAGCGUGGCAUCAACCUCAGUGGAGGUCAGAAGCAGCGUAUACAACUUGCUAGGGCUGUAUACCAAGACUGUGAUAUAUAUCUUCUUGAUGAUGUCUUCAGUGCAGUCGAUGCACAUACCGGCACUGAAAUAUUUAAGGAAUGCGUGAGGGGGGCAUUGAAAGGCAAGACCAUUGUUCUUGUAACACACCAAGUAGACUUCCUACAUAAUGUGGAUCGUAUUGUGGUGAUGAGGGACGGAAUGAUAGUUCAAUCAGGCCGGUACAAUGACCUACUUGAUUCUGGAUUGGAUUUUGGUAUUCUGGUAGCUGCACAUGAGACAUCUAUGGAACUAGUAGAACAAGGGGCAGCCAAUGGCGAAAGUAACGCGAACAAACCGAUCAUAUCUAAGUCAGCGUCUAAUAACAGCAGAGAAGCCAAUGGCGAAAGUAAUUCUCUUGAUCAGCCUAAAUCUGAUAAGGGAAGUUCUAAACUUGUCAAAGAUGAGGAAAGAGAAACCGGAAAAGUUAGCCUUAAUAUCUAUAAACUCUACUGCACUGAGGCUUUUGGAUGGAUGGGAAUUUCAGCAGUACUCUUUCUUUCAUUUUUGUGGCAAGCAUCUAUGAUGGCUAGUGAUUAUUGGUUGGCAUAUGAAACUUCGGUCGAACGUGCUGAAUUUUUUAAUCCUUCUUUGUUUAUUUCCGUCUAUGCAAUUAUCACUGUAGUUUCAGUUUUACUGAUAGUGCUGAGAUCCUAUUCUGUAACAAUCUUUGGAUUAAAGACAGCACAAAUUUUCUUCACUCAAAUUCUUAAUAGCAUCUUGCAUGCUCCAAUGGCAUUCUACGACACUACUCCAUCUGGAAGGAUUCUAAGCAGGGCAUCAACUGAUCAGACCAAUGUUGAUAUCUUCAUCCCUUUGUUUAUCAAUUUUGUGGUAGCCAUGUAUAUCACAGUGAUCAGUAUCUUCAUAGUCACAUGCCAGAAUUCAUGGCCAACAGCUUUCUUGCUGAUUCCUCUUGUUUGGUUGAACAUUUGGUAUCGGGGCUAUUUUCUUUCUACAUCUCGUGAAUUAACACGUCUGGAUUCAAUUACAAAAGCACCGGUGAUUGUUCAUUUCUCCGAAAGCAUAUCCGGAGUCAUGACAGUUCGCGCAUUCAGAAAGCAGAAGGAAUUUGGUUUAGAAAACAUUAAACGAGUGAAUUCUAAUUUGCGAAUGGAUUUUCACAACUUCAGUUCCAACGCAUGGUUGGGUUUCCGCUUAGAAUUGCUUGGAAGCUUAAUUUUCUGCAUGUCUGCUUUGUUCAUGGUCACGCUACCCAGCAAUAUCAUAAAGCCAGAAAAUGUUGGUUUGUCUCUCUCAUAUGGAUUGUCGUUAAAUUCGGUGCUGUUCUGGGCUAUAUACAUGAGCUGUUUCAUUGAAAACAAAAUGGUAUCAGUUGAAAGGAUAAAACAGUUCUCAAAUAUCCCAUCAGAAGCAGCAUGGAUCAUUAAGGAUCGCUCACCUCCUCCAAAUUGGCCCGGUCAUGGCCAUGUUGAUAUCAAAGACUUGCAGGUUAGAUAUCGUCCAAACACUCCUUUGGUUCUUAAAGGAAUUACUCUAAGCAUUAACGGAGGAGAAAAGGUUGGUGUUGUUGGUCGAACGGGGAGUGGAAAAUCGACUUUGAUUCAAGUUUUCUUCAGACUGGUGGAACCAACUGGAGGGAAAAUAAUCAUUGAUGGCAUUGACAUAUGUGCCUUAGGACUUCAUGAUCUCAGAUCUCGAUUCGGUAUCAUCCCUCAGGAGCCUGUCCUUUUCGAAGGAACCGUUAGAAGUAACAUUGAUCCAACUGGACAGUAUACAGAUGAUGAUAUAUGGAAGAGUUUGGAUCGGUGUCAACUGAAAGAUGCAGUGGCUUCAAAGCCUGAGAAACUUGACUCAUUAGUGGUUGACAAUGGAGAUAACUGGAGUGUGGGGCAGAGGCAGUUGCUUUGUUUAGGGAGAGUUAUGCUUAAGCAAAGCAGACUGUUAUUUAUGGACGAAGCUACUGCUUCAGUCGAUUCUCAAACCGAUGCUGUAAUUCAGAAGAUCAUCCGAGAGGAUUUUGCGCAACGUACCAUCAUCAGCAUUGCUCACAGGAUACCAACAGUCAUGGACUGCGAUCGAGUGUUAGUUGUAGAUGCAGGUCGCGCGAAAGAAUUUGACACACCUUCAAACUUGCUCCAGAGGCAAUCACUGUUUGCAGCUUUGGUUCAAGAGUAUGCCAACCGUUCUACCGGACUGUAAAAAAAAACUUCAGCUCCUCUUCACAUAUAUCUGUUUGCUUCUCCACCAUCAAUAUUUAUAGCAAGACAAUAACAAGAAAACAACACAUGUUCCUCGAGUAUAUUGCGUGGAAAAAGAUGGCUAUUUGUUGUAGAAAGUUGACACAACUUUUGUAGAAACGUUCAGUUCAGGCACCAUUGCAAAAUCAUUUAAAGAUGAGCUGAUUCAUUGCCGGUGUAUUUUGACCAUGAACGAAGUGUGUGAGUAACGACGCUUUGAGAUGGUAUUGUAAUUGCACUCGGUUAAAGUAAUGUUAGUAGUAGUAGUAGUAAAAAAUGUAGGGAUAACAGAUCCUGAUUUUCUGCACCAAAUUGUUAUGACUAAUAAGUUGCAAAUUUGCAUUUGGAUUAUCUAUUAUUGAAUAAUUUGAAUUUUGCACCA